CUAAACCUCGGCCCAGGCCCAAUUUAAACAAGAACACUCGGUCUUUCCUACUAUUCGGUGGAGUAGGCUAGUAACUAUAAAAAUUUCAGUCAUAAACACACUGAGGUGCUGCCAUGGAGGUUGGCGUCUCCCAUCUCCACCUCUGCAUUUCUGCCCAUGUUAGUGCUAUCAAUACAACCCAUCAUCUCUUCCUCCUUCAGUUACUGCUCCGGUCUCUCUAUUCAUCCAAAGCUUAUGUCUUCAAUGCUUUCGUUUCGGACUCAGUAAUUGGAUUGUUUGGUGAUUUAGGAGUUACGAAUGAGGCUUUUUUUUACUGAACUUUCUCACAAUGUGUUGGCGACGUUCAGAUAAGUUUUAUAUUGAUUCUGUUUUAUCUUUUCUUACCUCUUCUGUUCAUGAUUGCCAUCAGUACCUGCAUUAGAUAGACUGUUCUGCAUUUGAUUAUCUCCCUCACUUGUUUGUAAGAGUCUUGUUUUCUGAUCUGUAGUUACAGAAUCAAAUCAUAUGAAAUAUGGACAUGUCAUCAGCUUCUUAUAUACUGAAGCUGGAAUCUUUGUCAAAAGAACAAUAACAGCAACAAUGAUCCUCAUUAAGAAUUGUUAUUUUAUUUUGUAGUCCAAGUUGGACUGAGAUAUGGGGUUGGCAAUCACGUUACCAAUUCUAAGUUCAAAGAUUGAUAGGUGGGUAGUCAACUCUCUCAAUUAGACUAGUUGAUAGAAGGUCUACUUUCAAUCACAGGAGGAUGGUCAGCUAAUUAAGCUUAGUUUGGAAUAACUGUCCAAACCAUGUCAAAGAAGACCUAGUUGGAUUAACAAGAUUGGACUGAUGUGUUGAUUCUUUUGAAGGAAGGACAGGGAAUGGCGGCGGCCGUUGUUGCUCAGUUUCUGUGGAAAAAAUUUUUGAGGUCUCUUGUAGAUUCGGAGUCUGAAUUAUCAGAGUGUCGAAUCUUUGCAAAUGAGGGCAGGGAGAUCAACAAGAAGGUUUUAGUGUACAGUCCUUCCACGGUUUAUUUCCUCCUAAAGAUGAAGAGGCGGUUGACCACACUGAAAAGGAAGUUUGUGAUUUUGGUCUCUAAUGCAAGGGAGCAGAAAGAGAGGAACAACACUGUCAAACGUUUGGGACUACUUACUCAAGAGAAAGUGGCUGUAAAGGAGAAUUUAGAAGAAAUAGUAGUACUUCCUAAUGCAAGUACACUGGAGAUUCAUGAAUUGCUUGUUGAUACAGAUCGAGUUGGAUUUACUCCAAUUGGAAUAGUAGGCAUGGCUGGCGUGGGUAAAUCUACUAUGGUGCAAGAGGUUUUGACUUUUCAUAGAGUCUCAACUGAGUUUUCGCCCAUAGUUUGGUUAUGCUUGUCGGAUAUAAUCCAAGAAAAAGAACUAGUAGAUAGUGCUAGUGCCACUUGGGUCAGCAUCAGCAUUGUGACAUGCAUACUUGACAAGUUGGGCGAGAAAGAAACAAGUAUUUCUGGACUCGGCCUUGAUUCACUCUUGGAAAGGCUCAACCAUAUUUUAUCGGCUAAAAGGUAUCUGAUUGUGUUGGAUGAUGUGUGGCAUACUAUGGAAUUCUACUCGGAUAUAGGUCAUAAUCUUCCAGAAGGUGAGAAAUUUGGUGAUUGCCUAUCACACGGAUUACCUAAGCAUUGUGGUGGUGCGGUCAUUGUCACUAGUAGGAUAAGAGAGGUGGCUCAAGACAUGGUAGGCCAGAAUAAUGUAUUUCUUGCUAGGCCUUGGGACAAAGGAUGGUGCUGGAUGCACUUCAGGUCCUUUGUCACAACGAAAGCAGAAGGUUUCGGUGAAGAAAAACGUUUUAGCAUGUCAAAUUGGGAAAUAGUGCAGAAGAUUGAGAAUGAAAUUCUGGAUCAAAUAGGUGGUCUACCAUCAAUUGCUAAGGCACUCGCAGAACUAAUAGUUGAAAAACGGAUUAGUGAGACUGAUGAUAAGGGGUCUGCCCUGAAGGAGAUGUUGAUACCUCAUGAAUUUCUUAUUCAUCGUUCAUACAUAUUUGUUCCAGUCAACGAAAGGAACAUAAAAUGGAUUGCUGAUAAAACUGACAUACCAAAAUGCCCAGUCUUCGUGUUUGUUGAUUUAAAAAUGGAAUUCUUUGCAGUAAGACUUCUCGAAGAAUUUCGCUAUCAGCUUAAUCAAGAUCCGGUUGUUGCUGUUCUAGACCAGAGUUUCAUUAAUAGGCAAAAGAUAAAGACAGAGGAACCAGAGAAGGCGCUAAAAGAGUUUUAUGGCAUUCUCGAAAAUCUUAAGUGCAAAGGACAUAAAUUUGCUGAUGAGAUUCAAAAGAAGAUGACAAUUAUGAUUGUUGGCGGGGAUGUUUUUGCUAACUGGUUUAUGGGAGUUAUCUGUGAUCUAAAAUUGCCAGGCUCACCCUCCAUUGUUCCUAUAGCAUUGGGAAUCAAAGCUAACAUUGCAAGUUCAUUUGGAUGGGAGUUUGAUGCUGAUAAAGUACCGGUGAACAAGAUUUUGGGGAUGGUACUAAAUCAUGCAAAGCAGAUGAAAACAGACGGCUGGCAUAUCCUCAUUAAGGUGAAAGCGACAGCUCAUCAACAAAUACCCUAUUGUUUGCAUUUAUUACAUUACUUCGAGGAUAAUCCGACAUUAAUAUACGGAGGAUUUUGGAACUACUUCAGCUUGGGAGUCGAUGACCCAAGGUUGUAUGGAGCUUCCCGCUUUCGUCAUACUUCAAGGACCUUAAGCAUCGCACUUGCAAAAGUAGAGGUUUUGAAACAUCAUGGUGAUCAGUGGGAGUUGCUUAGCAUUCCUAGUAGCAUCAGAUCAAUUGUUUGUCUUAACUUGCCUAGUUUUCUUGGUGGGCUAACUCCUUGGACGACAGCAGAUAUAAAGAAAGAUCAAACAAGAGGCCUGUCCUCAUCUUUCAUAGAUGAUGGAUAUCUUGAAAUUAUUGGUUCAAAAGAUGAUUUACUUUCCCAGAAGAAAAGGUGGAUUCGCCUUGAUCAGGUAAGAGAAAUUCGCUUCAAGUUUAUUGAGGAUUCAGUUGAGGUUGUAAACAUGAUGAUCGAUGGAGUACUGUGGAAAAAAACCCCACUUGAUGGUUUAGUCGAGAUUGAAAUCUCUUACAACUGUCAAGUUAACAUUCUUGUUAAACAAGAUUACUCAGCAAGAAGUAUCCAUGACUCAUCGCAACCCUGUGGGUCAGAAACUGCUGAUGAUGACAAUGCUGAAGGACGUAAGAAGAGUGGUGGAGCAAGCACAUCAAGUUUCCUCAUUGAUGAUAAUGAGCUUGAAGAGAAAUCUCAAGGACAUAAAAAAAUUGGUGCAGCAAGCAGCUUUAAAAUCUUUGAGGAGGAUGACAUUAAUUAGUUACUGAAGAUUACUCUGAAUGACGUGAGAAGAUUGGUGAGACAUCCCCUAUUGUGAUGACAAUGCUGAAUAUUACUUCACUGUAGGAAAUGGAGUUUGAAGAAGCAAGCAGUUCCAAACACCCCUAGUUCUACAGGGUGUGGAGUGAGUUUUCUCCUAUAGUUUGGUUAUGUUUGUCAGAUAUAAUCCCAGAGAAACAAGUUGUACCGAAACUUAAGUAAAACGUGAGCGAUUGUCGUUUCUCGUCCAAUAACUACUGAAUGAGUGAACGUCUAAGGUUCGGGACGUUACACCAGGCCUAGUCUAAAA